AUGGGAGAUAAUGUCGUUGAUCCUUUUGAGGAUAUCGAUUCCGAGGAGGAACUUGACAAACCGCCGACACCUGAGAUCCAUCAUGGGGGUGAUUCUCCCGAAGCUCCUGCAGCAUUUAGCGAUAUUUCUGACAACGAACGGGAGGAAGCGAGGAAAGACGAAGCCGUGAUGAAGCCGCAUGAAGAAGCUAGCGAAAAAGCAAGUGAAAAUGAUGAAAAUACUUCUAGCGCACAAGAAGAAAGCAAAAUUGAGAGCAGUAAAGUGGAAGUAACACAACAAGAAGGUAGUCCACUUUAUGACCAAGAAAUUUCUCCUGUUUCGUCAACAGCUGAACAGGAGGAAGAGGACGUAGAUGCAUCUGAAAAAGGAGAUAAGGAUGUUCCCAUGAACGAAGGAGAACGUUCGGAAAUCAUCGAAAGAAAUUCCACAGGUUUAACGCGAAGUAAACAAGAAUCUUCAUUAGGUAGUGCGGAAGGGAAUGAUGAAGCUUCACGUGAAACAACUGUUGCGAGCGAAACAACUGAAGAAAAACGCCAAGAACAAACUUCUGGAAACACAGCUGAGAGACGCCGUAGGAUUUCUUCAAGUGCAGGGACCGAUGAUGAUUUAGAUAUGCCUAUUUCUCCUCUUGGACUCGGACUUUCAGGGACAGAAUCAGAAAUUGUUGAUGAUAUUCUUAAGAGUGACGUUUCUAAACUUCUUCCAGAUGUUAAAGAAGAUCCCAGAGAAGAGUCAACAGGUAUAAUGUGUGAUUAUUACCCCACCAUCUCUCACAAUUUAGAAGCCAUAGUGGCACUCUGGUUGCUCAACUGAGGGAGGCAAAUAACUUUUUUGUCUAUGGUGACUGUGGUUGACGAGAGGGACACGAAAGUUUGGCCAAUUCAAGUGAUUUCAAAAAAUGUGUGCUUUUAAGCCAUUAAGUCCCAAUAUCAACAUGCAUAUUCCCAACACUGUUCUUCACACGUUUCUUAUGGUUCUGCGUGAGAGAAUAUUGAUAGAAGGCUUAAGAUUCGAGGACGAAUUUUCUCGCAUAUCCUCUAAAUAUAGACACCCCAGAAAGCUUCAUUGUAUUUUUUUCACCACAAGAGUUAGAACGCUUAUUUCCGUUGAAGGAGGUGAAGCCCACUCCUGGUCGCUAAAUGAUAAAAUUCCUAACAUUUGAUAACUUGCUUUCACCACUACUACAUUCUUGCUAAAACUCAUAGUAGAAUGACGAUCGCUAUCGCAUAAUUUCCCACCAAACUGACGUUGGUUUGAGUGAGUGCACUACUUAGUAUGGGAAAAUCUCAUUUCCGUAGUUGUCCUUGUCAUAGAAUCUAAAGCUCUCUGUUAUUGUUUAAACAUUAAGAUACUUCAUCAUUGGUGAUCAUUUCACUCAUUUUAAUGACCUGUAUGUUUGAUCAGCCAGUAUUAUUGUUUGAGGAGAAAUAAUAAUAGAUGCUGGUUACUACGGGGACGUAAAGGAUUGCAGACUUGCGAAGUCUCAUGAUUUCUGACAGGGGUUUCGUUAAGAAUGUUAUUGCAGCAGCAGGAGAAUAGUGUAAUAAUGUGCCCUUUUAGAAGUCAUCGUUAAAAUAGAAAGAUCUCAAAAUUUGCAUUUGCUUCGUAGUAAUUUGAUACUCUGUCAUUUACAUACGGUAAACAUUGCCAAAUUUUUGUUGCAAGAAGGGUUUUGCAGCUUUGUUGGAAAACACCUUUCGUGAUCUGCAUAUUCUUCAUACAAGAAUAAUUCAUAAUUCUUCAUACAAAAGCCAAAUUCAGUAAUAAUUAUUGUGUUCUUCAUUCAACCAAAAUAUCACUUUCUAGGUAAAAGAGAUGAUGAAGAAGAAACCAAAGAAGACAAAGAAUCAACCGAGGCUGAACCAACAGUACAGGAUGAAGAAGGGUAGGCAUUAUUAGUCAUCACCAUUGUCAUUCUUAUCAUUCCACAGGGUUUUUAACAAUACUUAAAAUGUACCCAGCAAAUCCUCUAGGGUAACACACGUAUCAUAAUAUUAUUGUUUCUUUAACGUCAUCAGCUGUGACAUAAGCAGCAAAGGUCUAUAGUCCUUAUUCUCUUCUUUACCAUCUUGUUUCUUUUAUUUAUGUCUUCCAAAGGCUGAUUUAGAUGGUACGAUUUUUGCUAGUGACUAUCGUGUGUGACUAGCAUAUGUCAUGACUUCACAUCAGAUUGUGUCUUGUAAAUUAGACCCACAACAUCUGUAAGACACAUGUGGAUGUCAUAAGUGAAAAUUGUGCGUGUUGGGCACGACAGUUGUAAGCAAAAAUCAUACUGUCUAAAUCAGCCUUUAUACUGGUAAGAGUCACAAAAUAUCAUGUUUUGGCCAUCACAGAAAAUAGUAGGAAAUGCUUAAAAUCUGAAUCUACGAUAUCCAGGGUGCCCAAUGGACAAAAGUAAGUUGCUAGGAGCCAUUGGGCACUUUAAGAGCACAGCCUUGAAGUCCACAUGUCUACGAGGUCUUGGCAAGGAAAAUGUAAUACUAUGAUCACACCUUACAGUGUAAUUAAUUAAUCAUUAAUCGUCAUUUAGGUUUGAAUCCGAUGAAGAAGCUGGUGAUCAACUGAUUGCCGAUAUUUUUGGUGCCAGUGAUGAAGAAGAAGAGUUUGUGGUAAGAUAA